AUGCCUCCCUACGAGAAAGGGGGCAGCACAACCACCCGCCAGCCCGCCAUGCCUUCCCUCAGCGCAAAGACAAUGGGCCGACCUCCCCUGACUCCCAAAGUCGCUGCCAAACCCUCUCCUCCCGUCGUCACCCCUGUGGGUCGUCGCCGCAACGAUAACACCAAUAGUAAUAACAACCACCCACUCCCCCAUACAACCGCCGGAGGCGCCAGGGACGACCUGACGAGCCCGGCGCCCUUCCUGGCCGCAUCAAGCGUCACGCCUCGAUCGGGCGGUCGCCAGAGCCGUGGCAACAGUGCAAACACAACCCCGAACGGCACUCCGAACCCAGACAGAAACGAGUGGGACCGCCAGCCUACACUCGAGCCCCCGAGGCGCCAGGUCGUCACCUUCAGCCCGCCCUCUAAUGUCGGCAGCCGGAACGAUGCACCGGAAUCCAAGUUCUUCUAUGCCAGCGAGGCAAAGCCAUCCCAGCCUGCGCCCCAGCCUGCUCCCAAGCUCGCUCCUCAAGCACGGUCCGUAGCACCGGCCCAGCGAGGUUCGACCUUUAUGUAUGCCAAUGGCAGCGCAGUCGAGGGGAAUAGGCCGACCUCCCCCGGUGUCGGAUUCACACCGGUGCUGGCACCGUCGCUCGCACCAUCCCUCUCCCCGUCUCUUGCACCGGCUCCAGAACCACCAUCGAGCAAGUUUUUUUACGCAAAUGGAGCCCCCAACCUGCAGCCCGGGUUCCGUCCUUCAUCUGCUGCUUCCGGCACCGGAUCAGUCGCAUCGGGGUCGAGCAGGCUGCAUAGGACCUCGGCGGGCUCGGCUGGUGGCUUCCAGAUGGCACCACGGCCUCUCUCGCCCAACAAACCGGCGCAGCCUCCGACGUCUGCGCCGCUCCUCAAGAGCAGUAGCAUGCCUCCUCAUGCCAUCGGCCGAGCUCAGAUGACCAGCCCGCCGCCACUCGCACCAUCGCAUAAGCGCAGGACGAGCACCGACACGGUUUCGCAAGUGGCAAGCUACGUCGGAUCCGAGGCUCCAGCUACCGACGCCAUGAUCAUGUCCAAAUUCAUGGCCUCACAAACGUCAACUCCCUCCGAGAUGCUUUCCCCGACGGCAUCGGGCUUUUUCCCUCAGCAGCCCAUCACCAUUGCAUCGAUACUCCAGGCGGCAGACGACCUGGGGGAGGAGGAAGAGGAGGACGACGACGACGAUGACGACGACUCGGCCGACGAGUCCAAGGACCUGGACGGCCCAAACAGCCCGAGCAGGUCAUCGCACGGCGAUCCUCUCAACGACAUGGUCCUCAACGCGAGAAGAGAACGCAAGGUGCAGGAUUUGGAGAUUAGAAAUGGCUCUCUAGAGGCUAUCAACAGGUCGUUGGAGAGGCAGCUACGAAAGCAGACCGCAGAAUUGAGGAGAUACAAGAGACUAUCGCGAUCUGGACGCCUGUCAGCCCCCACUUCCGCACCAUCUAGCCGCGUAACUUCGGAGACCCAGCCCGGGGGUAUUGCCAUCGACGGAUUGGACCUGUCGGACCUCAGCGAGGAGGAGGAGGCUGGGGAUGUCCCGGAAGACAUGGACGAUUCCAUGUUUGAGUCGUCUGAACUAUCCGAGACGGACUCGGUAUCUGCCGCCAGUCCCAGGCAGGAUACUGACCGGGACGUACGCCGCCGGACCCGGGACGAGAAACGCCUGCAGCUGGAUCUGUCCAAGCACAGGGAAUUGCUUGUCGACAGCCAAAAGAUCAAUCAGAGCAUCAAGAGGUGCUUGAACUGGACCGAGGAGCUCAUCAAGGAGGGAAGGAAGGCUCUCGAGUACAGCGUGCGCCCUAGUGACGUGCAGCUGCCCCCGCGGGUGCUCCGCCCGGCGUAUCUGGAGGAGAACGAGGAAGGCGAGCGGGGGCAAAGGAACGAAUUCUCAGUCUCAUUACCAAGCAGCCCAUCGGAGUCCACGAGGAGCCUUUCGCCGCAUUGGAGCAAGGAGCCGCAGGACCGCGAUAGCGGAAUCGAGUUGCCUGCGGACGUCUGA